AUGGAUUCCGGACUCUCCAGUCGCAGUAGCAGUCUAGGUGGACCGCUUUCGCGUUCGUACAACAAGCCGGAUAAUGGGCGGCAACCGCGUCAUACUGCUCCAAUCGCCUCCGUGCGGAACGCGGUGAUUGAGUGUAUGCGGAAGCACCCAGCCCUGAUAGUAAUAGGUGAGACGGGAUGUGGAAAAACGACGAAAACGCCACAAUACAUAUACGAAGCGGGAUUACAUGGAGACAAAAUGAUCGCCAUUACACAACCUCGGCGCGUGGCCACUAUCACUGUAGCAAAAUGGGUGGCGAUGGAAAUGGGGAGUAACUUGGGCGACCUUGUUGGUUACGCUGUUCGGUUUGAAGAUAUAACAUCAGAAAACACUCGAAUUAAAUUUGUCACCGAUGGUAUACUAUGCCGAGAAGCGCUCUCCGAUCGAUUACUGCGUAACUAUAAUGUAAUCGUGCUGGAUGAAGUGCACGAGCGCACCAUAGCCACCGAUGUACUAGUUGGUGUGGUAAAGAAAGCUCAGCAAAUCCGAGAAAUGAAACGAAUGGCCCCGCUAAGGAUCAUUGUUAUGUCGGCCACUAUAGAUAGUGAUCACUUUUCGAAAUAUUUUAAUUCGUGUCCCGUCGUUUACCUGAAUGGUCGCUGUUAUAACGUGCAAAUUUUACAAAUGGUGGAUAAAAUGCACUAUAUAGAAGCUUGCUUGAAGACGAUAGUGGAUAUUCAUAUAGAACACCCCCCCGGAGAUAUACUGGUGUUUCUAACCGGGCAGGAAGAAAUUGACGCUACGGUCAACAAAAUGCGACGUAUAGCCAAGAAUUUUCUCAUGGAUCACCCCAAACUAGCCGUUUAUCCUAUGUACGCGGCGUUACCCCAAACAAAGCAAUUGGAUGUGUUUAAUCCUGCGCCCCCAAACGUCCGGAAAGUAAUAUUCGCGACAAACAUAGCCGAAACAUCGAUCACCAUCAGCGGCAUUCGGUACGUGAUUGACUGCGGUCGGGCAAAAGUACGCACGUACGAUCCCGUGACAGGAAUGGAUAUCCUUAAAGUUUGCUGGAUAUCACAAGCACAAGCGCUGCAACGCACCGGUCGGGCGGGUCGACUCACUGAUGGCGUUUGCUUUCGAGUGUAUUCAAAGGAAAUAUAUCAACGAUUGAACAAAUUGACGACACCGGAAAUUCUGCGAUGCAACUUGUCAUCUACCAUUCUUAACCUCCUCGUGAUGCAAGUCAACUAUAAAGAUUUUGAUUUCGUCGAUAAACCACCGGAAGAAGCGAUAUACGGCGCGCUACUUGAGCUUAAGACUCUAAAUGCAAUCUCAUCUUUAGAAAACCCAAUGCUCACACCACUCGGAAGCAACAUGGCUCGUUUCCCGCUUGACCCCAAAUUUUCAAAAAUGCUGCUUGCUGCACCUCAAUUUGGUUGUCUAGAGGAAAUGCUCACGAUCAUUGCCAUGCUCUCGGGAGAGAAUAUAUUCGUCAACAGUGCCCAGAAGCGGGAGCAGAUGUUGAUAGCGCACUCGAAGUUUUUCGACAAAUCUGGCGAUCAUAUUACCCUGCUAAACGUGUUCAACGAGUACAAAGCAAAAGCCAAACCGAAAACGUGGUGCCAUGAUAAUUUCUUGCACGAGCGUAAUCUAUCCCACGCAGCUUCUAUUCGGGAGCAGUUGAGUGAAAUAUGUAAAUCGUUUGAUAUGCCGAGCAGCUCAUGCGGCAAAGAGACGACGCCCGUGGCCAAAUGUUUGCUUACGGGGUUGUUCGGAAAUAUCGCGACAAAACAGCCGGACCAUCUCUACCUGACCUCGAGUAAUGCUCUUAAAGCUCGCAUUCAUCCAUCCAGCUCGAUCUGCGGUCAAUUGAGGCCACCGGUUGUAGUGUAUACCGAACUGGUAGCAACGCGUCUAAACUAUCUUAGGAAUGUAACCGAAAUCGAUCCAUCGUGGAUCGAAGAAGUUGUGCCAAACGCUAGCCUGCAUCAUUCGAAAGGCUACAGCGCAUCUUAUUGUCGUCCACACUCUACCCCCAAGUGAAUACUUAAAAAGUAUGCGUUAGGAUAAAACUGAAUGUAAUA